AUGACUGUCAGAGAUUUGAAGAGAGAUAUUAGCGUGCAAAGAACACAUUACGUGUGUUUCAACAUCGAUGAUGCUGCGUAUGCCGGUGCUUUCAGGUCCGAGGAUCCCAAAGAGAUGCAUUUAGUGAAAGCUUUGAAUCUCUUUUUCAAAAGAUACGAUGCCGGACUUUUGAUGUCUUCGAAGUUGAACAUAUCCAUAUGGAGGGAUGCGAAAUUUUACAACAUUUUCGACGGCCAAGCGAGAGGAGACGACUGCCUUCCAAUUACAGUCGGAAGUGGAGGAUCUGCUAAGUUGAUACUGGUUCGUGAUCUGACCGGUGUUGUUUUUGUGAUCUUAGAACGAAGUUGUGUCAGUAAUGAGCCAUUCGUUUUAUUUCCAAUCACUGUUAUUAAUGCGUACAAGAUUCCUUCGCAUCCCGACGAUCCUGAAGAGCCUUUCAAAUCUAUAGGAGCACCCAAACGGAGGCCAAGUGACUAUAAGAUUCAAGAAAAGUUCCGAGCUUUGGUCCAAGGGACCUAUCACCUGAUGCAUCCUGAAGUGCCAGCUGAACUCCGGGGUCGAGGUCACCUGAUGAUUGCUGUCGCAGCGAUUGUUUACUCCCGUCUUAUAAGUGCCAACAAGUGGAGCUCGGUGAUAGUCGACUUGAUAUUCAAUCAGGCGCAUAUUUACAUGAUCGAUUUGGUGCGAGCACUGGAGAAGAAGCUGGAUGAUACUUUUGAACUGAAAAUAGAUGAUCUUAUGGGGGAUGUAAUUUUGGGCGUGUACUCCGCCAAGAUAAACGUGACGGCGAACGUUGUGCCUGGACAGAAGAAAAAAGGGAAAUCGACUAUCGAUGCUGGGAUUCGAGAGUUUUUUCAACAAUACCAAUCGGGCAUUUUAGAGAUAAAGCAAAUAUUUUUUCCAAUUUGGAAAGAAGAGAAUAAGUUCUAUUUUCUUGAUCCAUUCGGUUGCGACGACGAGGGAUUCCGAGUCGAUCCUGAUGACCCUACGGACGCAAACAGAUAUAAGAUGUCGAAACCGUGUGCGACAAUGAAUAGUUCCGUUAACGAAUUGGUUGAAACGAUUCUCCAAAACACCGGCAACAAAGACAAGGAUACGUUUAUCUUACACGCGCUUCGUGUACUCUACAUAAAAACUGGCAGCACUCCAGGAGGACCGCCUGACAACGUUAUUUAUCGUGAAAAACGAACAAACCGCAGGCCAUUGGCUCAGGAAUCCCAUCAAGUGAAAAAUAUAGACCAACAUGAUGCCGAGUGCAGAACUAAGAUUGAUAUGGUACCGAAACCGCGAUCAGAUGCCGAAAAAACGAAGGAACAGCAGACCCAAUUUCCAGAGUUGAUGAGCAAUGUCGAUGAUUAUAUGAUGAAAGCAGAUGAACCAGGAUCCUUCAUAGUAAAAAGACCGUCAGUAGAAUUGCUGGGUGAAUUCAGGUACGGCGCUUCAUCAGCUGAGCAAAUUACUGCACCCGACGAACUUGCAUCAAAAUCUAAUGACCCUGAAAUUCGAUACAUCUUUGGUUACCACGUAGUGAAUCCUCAUCGCCUGUCGUUGCGAGGUGAAAAAAACUGUCUUGCUGAGCAAUUCGAGGAACGAGCUCGUGGGCAACAAGGAUUAAUUAUUGCGUUGACGGCAAUGGCAUAUGGCAAAGUGAAACCACCCGACUCUUGGCGAAAUAUUGAUGUUAAUCAGAUUAUCGACGUUGGAGAUAAGGCUUAUAAAAGUACGAUCACUUGGAUUCAGCGUGGCAGUCCGGCUGAAAUGGAGAAAAAAGAUAAGGGUGAUCCUGGAAAACUUCAACCGGCACCAAGUCAUCUCGACGUUACAAUGCUACCUGAGAAAAUAAUGCUCGGUGAAAACGAAGUGCAGUUCAAGAAGAAGCUAAACUUUGCCAAUGGUGACGCUAAUCCGCUGGCGAACCUUGGAGAAGCUCUCGAGCAGUACUUCGAACGCUAUGACGAAUUGAUAGUGGAGAAUAAGAAGCUAAUGUUUGGUGUUUGGAAAGGGAACGGGAAGUACUAUAUAUUCAAUCCGUACGGCAGUGACGAGGAAGGAAGACGUAUACGAGGGUUUCCGGCUACUUUCAUCGUGGCUGACACCAUAAAUGAACUCACUAACGUUUUCUAUGAGAUUCUGGAAUACAACGAUCCCAAAUUCAAGCUUCAUUUCAUCGGAAUCGAGUCGAUUCAGCCGGGUGAUAAAUACAUUGUUCCAGAACCAAUUGAGGUACCUGGGGGGGAACUACCGGUUAAAUAUCAGACCAUAUUUUUGCCUGUUACUGACGAGGAUCUGUUCGUACCGGAACCGGAACCUGAGCCUGAGGUGCAGGUGAUAGCUCAGACAAAGAAAAAGAAGGGAGCAAACGACGACGACGAUGAUGAGGAAGAAGGGGAGGACGACGAAGAAGAAGAUGUGGAUGAUGAUGAAGAUGAGGAAGAAGAGCAGGGAAGCGAGAAACAAGAAGAGGCCCUGAUGUUGGAAGCCGAAAAACCGAUAAUAGAUCCCUUAUUGGAAGUAGAAGAACAAGAACAGCCCGAUGCUCCGGAUGAAUUGGACUUAACUCUUCUGUCUGGAACAGUGAUAAUUGAUACGAAAGGGGAGCAGCAUGGCGAAGAAAUAAACGAAGCACUGAUUUACGAGAAGCUGAAAUACAGACACCCACCGCCGUUCGUCUCCCCGCCAAAAAAAGUUCUUUGCGUACUGCUGGAGGCAAAGAAAGCGUCAAAAUCUUCUCACUCAUUAUUGUCAAGGUUCUCGAUUGACUCUAUGUUAUCGAUUAAAAAGGAUAGUGGUCUCCCCACCGGUGUACCUACUCAACAACCAACUAUAACAGCGGUUGACGUUACCGAUGGUGACAAGGUUUCAAAGGUCAUCAAACUUCCGCCUAAAAAGUAUUUAGUCUCAAGACUCCCAGAGAUUGGAUUCACGCCAAUUAGAGCUAUCAACGAAACGUACGUCGAAGAUGAAGAUUUGAAUAAAGGUAAGGAAAACGAAUGCCGCCAAAGCAAAAUUAAGAAAACUCCCCAAAACGUGGAGCGGGAAGACGUCGCAGAAGUUCCGACCACCGUGCGUAUCAAACCGGUUUUAAUUCCACUCGGACCACCAAUAAAAACACCAACCCCUGGAAAAAAACCGAAACCUUGCGUGGAUAGAAUAAAGAGACGAUGCAAAAUAAAUUCAAUCGACAAAGAAGAUCCAGUUCUGGAAAAGCUUAUGUGCAAGACUGAAGACUUACUGCUGGAUUUGAUGUUUCCUGACCCCGACACUGACGUGAAGAAAAGACAAGCAACCAUUCAUGAAAAAGAGAGGUCGGAUGAAAAGACGAAAAACAAUGAAAGCCGAGUUCGAAGGAAAGAUCGAAACAAGAAAGAAGCAUCUUCAGCAGAGCCGGAACGUUGUGGCUUUAGGAUGACCGAAGACGAAGUCGGCGUGAUAAAUGGGAAUAUAUGUUUGGGGGAUAGAGAAACGAUUGAAGAGUGUCACUUCAAGCAAUGUUAUUUCGCAGCGAUAAUCUGCGUGUUGGCUAAAAUUCGACUGAAUCUUGAUACGUUGCGAGGCAGUGUAUUAGACAAAUUUAUUCUAGCAGGUGAUGAAGUAUAUCAGCGCACAGGUAAAUUGAGGUAUAAGGCUCUCCGUUGGUUCUACAACAUAGAAAUUCUUGGAUCGAAAUGUAAUAUUGCCUUGAGGCAAAUUGUGUAUGCCAAUCCCGAGGAGUGUUCGGAAGAUGAACUUCUGAAGGUGAUCGCAAAUUACUUGGAAAACGACAGGAGCGGUAUUCUCGUAUUUCCUUCCGCUAGCUACGCUUUUUGGUAUAGUCAAGAAAAGUAUUACCUCUUCGAUCCGUACAGCUGUGACGACGAUGGCCAUGCGAGUUCAGAUGGAUCAGCUUGUCUGAUGGAAUUUCAGGAUUUGGAUACUAUGGUUACCAGAAUUAAAGAAAAUACGGGAGAAGCAGCUGAUAAGGUAUUCCGAAUUCACGCUAUUGCCAUUGCGCACAUGGAAGAAAUUAAGCGAAAGCGAAAAAAGCGUAGAACAAAGAUUUCACGUAUUGAAACAGAGCCGCAGCAGCCACAACCAUCACCAGAGCCAGAACCAGUUUUAUCACUCAUUGAACUGUCUGAUUGGGUGACAAAAGUGAAAAAGAACAAAGUUAUUUUUGACAUGACUAUCCCUGGCUUCGCGGCUGUUCCCAGCUUUAAUGCGUCCACACUGGAAGUGACCGUACUUGAAAAUGAUAUAACAAACCCAAUCAGAACUGAGUUUAAAACAAACAAAAUUGUGAAAGGCAAAGCGAAGGCCGUUGAUCAGUCUAAUGGCAUAGAUCUAGUACGUAAAAAACCGUACGACAGGAAGUUCAAAGAAAACUCAUUCGUUUCAAAACCUAUAGAUUUGUGCAUCAUCGCCUGGGCAUGUGUUCAUGACCCUACGCUUUGGGGUGGAAAAACUAUCAGAGGCAUAUGUGAUGCUGGAAGAGAUUUCACCGAGGACUGUAUAUUUGCAUCGGAGGAUACAACUGCUUCAGAUACGACGGAUGGAGUCUUGCCGGAGUUUACGAUAGCAAACUACAGUUUCCGAGCAGCGUUCGCUCCGCUACACCAAGGAACUUUGUACGCUGUAACCGGUUGGAACUUGGCAAUGUCCUUGAAGAAGUUAUUCAGCACGCCAAUUUACUCGGGCGCUAUAAUAAUUUGCGGCAAAGCACAUAUUGGCGUUAUGAAAAGGAAAGAGAACUUUUAUGCCUGGUGGAUAAUUCCUAGGACAAAACAACUGAAGAUCAUCACCUCGGAAGAAAUGGAAGACUUCUUGAAACUGAUCGUCCAAGAAAUCAAUGAGCCGAACGAAAUCGAAUUCUCGAUAAGAGCGGUGACAAUUUCGUAUGCUCGAAAAAUGGCACCUGACUGCGAGGACACAACCGGUCUUCACGAAAGAGCUGUGCCAGCUACGUCGUUGGCCGAAAUACACAGAAAAUCACUACCGCCUUACGACAUUGAGGCUCUCUUCCGGAAAACGGUAUCUGAUACCAAACCAAUAUUUGUUCAAGGAACGGUGGCUGUUCGAAAUCGCGAAAUAUUGACGGAGCCCAGAGUGAAACGAUGCUAUUUUGUAGCACUGUUAGCCGUCAUGGUGAAGAGAGACAUCAUUCAAAGUGCGGUGGCAGGAACGAUCGACAAAAUAAUCGAGGUUGCAGAGGGAUUGUACAAAGAGUUUGACGAGCCCAAAGCAAUUCAGUGA